AUGGAUGAAAGAUCCCAUUUUAUCAACCGUAAUUGCAUUGAUGAUUUUGAUGAAUGUGAGUUUGUAAUCAAGAGCUACAGAAUGUCCACUUCUGGUGCUGAGAGAGAAAUAGAAUCUUCAUUUAAUAAGGUGCAGAGUGAUGAUACGCCAUUGCAGCGGCAGCAGCUAAAUAUGCCAAAACGAGAUUGUGGGAAAUAUCUUAAAGCUAGCUCUAAGAUUAUGUACAGAAGUAAGGGCGGGCAAGCAGUGCUGAGAUGCAGGAAAUCAGUUGACUUGAUUAAUGGGGAAGGAAAGAAGCGGAGGAGAGCUCCAGUGGCUUUUUCUCAAUCUAAUAAAAGUGUCAUCAAAUUUGACGCCCCAAAAUAUGAGAGCAACCUCCAAAUUAAGAAAUGGGUCCAGAGCCUUCAAGAUCAAGGGCAGAAAGAAAGCUCGGAUAUUGAGGAAGGUCAGAUUGUAACAGAAAAAUGGGAGUCAUCCACGGAGGAGGCUUCCGUAUCCGGGAGAGAUGCUUCGAAGGUCCAACGAGUGGGCGACAGUGUGAAGAAGAGAAUGUCACAAAAUGAAG